AGCAAACAUGCGCGCAAAAAUCCUUGCGGCCAAAUCAGCCUUACCAGGUUCAAGCCCUGAGCCAACGGUUCGCGCCGCACGCGAUGCUCUUGACAAAGCAACCCAGUACUCGAUAGAGCAAAUGAAAGAAGACAACCAUUGGUGUGGCGAGCUACGGUCCAAUGCAACCAUCACAGCCGAAUAUGUUUUCCUGCGACUGUCCCUAGGUCUCGACCUCACCCAAGAAGCAAGGCCCCUAAUUCAAUGGCUACUCUCGCAGCAGAACUCAGACGGCUCCUGGGGAAUUGCGCCCCACUAUCCCGGUGACAUUUCGACCUCGACCGAGGCGUACUUCGCUCUCAAAAUCCUCCAGGUUCCACCAGAACACCCGGCGAUGCGCAAAGCCUGUGAAUAUAUUCGGAGUGUUGGGGGCGUGGCCAAAGUCCGCAUAUUCACUCGGUUCUACCUGGCAAUGUUCGGGCUGUUCCCCUGGGACGCGGUACCGGAACUGCCGGCGGAGCUCAUCUUCAUGCCGGCCUGGGCCCCGAUCAACAUCUACAAAUUUGCCUCGUGGGCGCGCAGCACGAUCGUACCCUUGUUGAUUGUGUCGCAUCAUCGCCCGAUCUACCCUCUUCCUCCGGGUAGUGCAGCGAACGUUAUUGAUCGUGUCCUACAUUUUCUGAAUGGACUUCGACUUUUUCCUACUAGACGUUACAGUCGUCGCAGCUGUAUCACUUGGAUCCUCGACCAUCAAGAAGACUCCGGCGACUGGGCCGGCAUCUUCCCGCCUAUGCAUCUCGGCUUGCUGGCACUUACAUUGGAAGGCUUCCAGCUCACUGAUGCUCCCGUUGUCAAGGCCUUGGAAUCUGUUGAGAGGUUCGCAUGGGAUGACCAACAAGGCCGGCGCAUGCAGGCCUGCGUCUCCCCAACAUGGGAUACGAUCCUCAUGUCCAUUGCCUUAUGUGAUGCCUCCCACCCCAAGGACAGCAAAAGACUACAUCGCGCCAUCAACUGGAUUCAGAAUCGUCAGCUCACGCAGCCCUACGGCGACUGGCAGGUCUACAGCCUCAAGGCCAUCCCCGGAGGGUUCAGCUUCGAGUAUUUCAACACCUGGUACCCCGACGUCGACGACACUGCGGCCGCGAUUAUCGCCUUCCUCAAGCACGGAACCGACCUCACGCACCACAACGUCAUUCGCGGGGUGCUCUGGAUUCUGGGCAUGCAGAACAAAGACGGCGGUUGGGGCGCGUUCGACAUCAACAACGAUGCGCUCUUCCUGAACAAGAUCCCAUUCAGUGACAUGGACAGUCUGUGCGAUCCGUCAUCGGCAGAUGUCACGGGACGUGUGCUGGAAGCGUUUGGUCUCCUGUUUCGGAGCCCGGUUGCUCAAUACGCGGGCUCAGACCUGCUGUCGCAGAUGCGCGCUGCAUCCGAUCGUGCCAUCGAGUAUCUUGCGCAAACUCAGGAGCCGGAUGGAUCGUGGUACGGCCGCUGGGGAUGCAACUACAUCUACGGCACGAGUAAUGUCCUCUGUGGUCUGGCGUAUUUUACCAAGCACAGCAAUCGCAUCCCCGACUUGACAUCGCGGGCCGUGCAAUGGGUCCUGUCGAUUCAAAAUUCAGACGGGGGCUGGGGCGAAAGCCUGCAGACCUAUCGAUCGGGCAGUCGGGUUGGAUUCGACCAUGCCUCCACCGCGUCGCAGACGGGAUGGGCUGUGAUGGCAUUGCUGCCCUAUCUGGCUCCGAGUGCUCCCGCUAUCGAGCGAGGUGUUGGCUACCUCAUUCAGACGCAAUCCAAGCAGGAAGGCAGUGGGAAAGGAGCCUCGUGGGAGGAGAGCCAGUAUACUGGAACAGGAUUUCCGAACUUUUUCUAUCUUGGAUAUGCGCUCUAUGCACAUUACUUUCCGAUGAUGGCGCUGGGCAGAUUCAAGUCCUCAUCUUUCCUGCAGCCCUCGGAGUCAGAAUUCCUCUCCAAGCUUUUCACUACCUUCAACCUCAAGUCUCAUGCACAGAUCUAUCCGCGAAUCCACGAUGAGACUGGAACUCCUCCCUACGGAGAUCAUGGAUCAAAUCCUCUCCUUCGUAGUGCAGUUCUUCUUGCCGAAGCCUCCUAA